GGGCUUCAGAGGAAUGUGAGCCACAGUCGGAGGAGGAAGGGUGAUAAAUAUUGCCCAGAAGCGACAAGCUAGCCAGCCUGUAGCUGCCUGUCCUUAGGGAGGAUUGCAGAGCUGGGUGCAAUCCGAGGAGCGCUCCUCUGGCUUUGCAAGACCUGAUCUCCGCAGGGUUGUUGGAGGCAUUUCCGGACGCAGGGGACCCGAUUCUCCUCCCCCGGCUGCUUUGGAGCAUGGCUGGCAAGGUGCAUCGACUGUGCACGGGCUGGAGCCUGCUGCUGCUGCAGGCAGCGCUCUGCUCUUCCCAGAGUAACUGCGAUAGCCCCGACCAAUGUGCUCGGAAUAAUUCUAACUGGACUAGCCUGUGGUAUGUCUGGCUGAUUCUACUGACAGUGUUCCUGCUCCUGCUAUGUGGCAUCACAGCGAGCUGUGUGAAGUUCUGCUGCCGGAAGAAGAGACCCCCGGUUCAAACCUUCCCUAGACGCCCCUACGAUAUGACGGUCAUUGCCGUUGAUGGCGAUAGCACUGCCCACAGCACCGUGACCUCAUACAGCUCUUUCCAGUACCCCCAGAGUGCCCCACUUCCACUUCCGUUUGGGGAUAUGGACAGCAGCACCAUGUCUCCCCCAGCCUAUAGCCUCUAUGCCAUGGAGUUGCCUCCCUCAUACGAUGAGGCCAUCAAAAUGGCUAAGCCCUACAUCGAGACGGUGUUGGUGGGCCAGAAACUCAAUGACAUCCUUGAGUCAGUGGCACCAGAAGAGCCAAAUCAGCACCAAGGUUCCUCUGCUCCUGUGACCGGUGAACUGGAGACACAGCCAAGUUCAGAAGAACCACAAGUUGCAGCACAAGGCCAACCUCAGCUCUAGCCCAUUUAGGGGUGAGAGAAAUAGAGCAAUAUAAGGACAUUGAGAAGUACUAAAGACAUUAAAAGUUUGAUCUUAUAUGCAAGUAACCAUGGGAAGAGGCCUAAUCUGAUGUCCCUAUCAAUGAUUUGUCACGUGGGAGGAAUGUUUCCUGCAAUUGCAGUAAUCUUCUGACAUUUCUAGGAUAUUAAAUGAAAUAGGAGGACAGCAGUUUAAAAAUACCCUGUGUGGGUGAUACAUGGAUGCUAGUUUGUGUCCUGCCAAUGAAAAAUAAUCCCUUGUACUGAUAUAGCAAUGAAAAGGGCAGGGGCAUGGUACUGCGAUAGUGACACCUUCAUUAGAUGCCAGAAUGAUGCAAACAGUGCAUUGUUCUUGAACAGAAGAUGGAGUUUCCCAAACUUGAGGCAGAAAUGGAGUCUUGAGCAUGUGCAAAUUCAAGAGGUUCUAUAGCUUGUCUCUUCUUUUGAGAAGGUUAACUGUCCAGCAAAUUGCUGAAGCACUGAACUCGUUGCUACGUAACGGCGAAUGUUUCUUUAAACUGAAGAAAAAUGGCACCCAAGGACUCUACUAUAGUUCAUGAAUUGAAAUCCACACUGUUAUUUCCACAGUGUUGGGGAGAGACAAGGGAAAAGACAUUUGUGCCAAUUAUGGGAGACCCGAAUCGUUAAAAACAAAACAAAACAAAACAUCACUUUCAAGAUGGGGGGGAGAGGUUUGAUGCUUGUUGGUUUUGUCAGUUACAGUGCAAAUUAGCCUCCUGGAGAAACUUUUAUACAUGGUUUGGUAUUAAAAUAUUUCAAGUAUUCAUGCUUUUUGCUGACUGAAUCCAAUGGGUUUGAAAAACUAAAUGAUCUGGUAAACAUUGAAUGCCUUGUCAGCACAAAAAGUCAGUAGUAUAAAUUUCAAAAAAAGUUAAGUUAUAAAGCUACAGUGCUUGACCUCCUUAUGGGAUUUUUAUUUAAUAUUUCACUGAUUUUUUUUUUAAACUAUAAAUAAAAUUUUAACUUUUUAAUGGAAACCAUCUGCCAUUGUGAGAUCUAAGUAACCUAAGAUAAGGGUUACA